CCACAUGGAACUCCGAGUUUGUGAUCCCUUAGUGUUCUGGUGCUGCUAUUCCUGGUGGCUUACAUGGUCUUGCUUUUCUUUUCGUGCAGCUGCUCUAAUGGUUUCCUGGCUGUCUUAACUCUUGCUGUUUGGUUUUGUAAAUGAUUUGUUACUGGUGUGGUGAUUCUACUGUCCUUCCUUCAGUUUGGGGUUGCUAGUAUUGCAGUCCCUAUGGGUUGGUCUCCCCUUGGUGCGCCACUGUUUUUGGCUAGUUGCUCUUCACAGUUCCUGUCUUUUGACCUGCUUUUACGGUUAGUGCUGCCUUGCUGUAUUAUUAAUGUGUGUUGCUGGCUGUAGACCAUGUUCUUCCUGCGGCUGCGUUGUGUGUUUUAUAGCAGAACAGAUUGCUGUUUGGCUCAGCCUUAUUUUCUCCUUGGUGUUGCUGCAUUAGUUCUCCUAUUUGUUGUUGGUUAGGGCUUUGCAUGUUGCCUCAUGUUGGGGAGAGAAAGAUAGGAAUUAAUGAAGCUGUUGUUCCAGAAGAAAUUGAAAGCUCGUCCUUCAUUCGAUGUAGAUACUAGUGGACUUAAAGAAAGGGGGUGCAGUCAUCAACCCCAACAAUGAUGUCCAAGUUCAAGAGUUGUUUUCGCAAGUUUAAGAGGGGCUUUCGCAAAUGCAACUACUGCUAACGAGGCAGUAAAGCUCCGGUCUUGGCCCCCUACCACACAGGCGAGACAAUCCCUAGUGAUUGUUCCUGCCCCCGCAUCACAAGCACCAUCCAAGUCGAUAUUUUUCACUGAUUCCUCUGGUAGGAGCAAAGUGCAUUUAUCUAUGGGUUUCCUCAAGUCUUCUUCCGGCUUUGAUUUAACCACUGAUUCUUGUACUUCCAAAAAACUUUGCGGCUCCAGUUGAGGCUUGUGUUAUUAUGACCGGGAUUGGAUUCACUUGCAGACCUCAGAAUACACUUUCAGAAUGGCUUUCCAGACAGCCCAACACACACAGGAGAUAAUGGAGCAUUUAUGCUAAAGAUGGGCUCAUGGAGUUGCCGGAGGGGUUGGAGUCUCCAUGGCAGUUUCUCAGCUUCCCUCGCUCAUAAGAUGCUUUCUUAUUAAAAGAAAAGAAACCCAGAGGCCAUGCCCUUCCCAGCUCUUUGAUCAGCCUGUUUACUUCUCCGGCACCCAAUCAAAAGUCAGUCAUUCAAUGACAUACGACGUCUUCCUGAGUUUCAGAGGCGAGGAUACGCGAUUCAACUUUACUGAUCAUCUGCACAGUAAUUUGACUCGGAAGGGAAUUAGAACCUUCAUAGAUGAUGGUCUUAAGAGAGGGGAAGAAAUAUCACCGGCCCUUCUCAGAGCGAUCGAAGAGUCGAAGAUUUCCAUCAUCGUGUUCUCCGAAAACUAUGCAUCUUCGAAGUGGUGCUUGGAUGAACUCGACAAGAUCCUUGAGAGUAAAGAAACAAGGGAGCAAAUAGUUUGGCCUGUUUUUUACAAGGUGAAUCCGUCGGAUGUACGGCAUCAAAGGGGCAGUUUCGGUCAGGCACUUGCUGACUAUGAAUGCGAAUUUAAAGAUGACAUGGAGAAGGUGCAAAGAUGGAGGAGAACUCUUACGGAAGCAGCCAAUCUGUCCGGAUGGUGUUUCAUGAACGGGCAUGAAUCAAAAUUUAUUGACAACAUCGUUGAAGCGAUUUCAUUACAAGUAUUAAACCAUGCGUAUUUGAAUGUAGCAAAGUACCCAAUUGGAAUAGAGUCUCGUAUGCACGAGAUAGAUGAGCUUUUGGGCAUUGGAGGAAACGAUGUUCGCAUGGUAGGGAUAUGGGGCACUGGUGGAAUAGGUAAGACAACAAUUGCUAAAGCUGUUUAUAAUUCCAUCGCCCAUAUGUUUGAAGGUAGCUGUUUUCUAGAUGAUGUUAGAGAAAGAUCGAUGUCGUAUGGAGGCUUAGUCAAACUACAAAAUAUUCUUCUUUCUGAGAUUCUAGGGGUGAAAGAAGUAAAGGUGACCAAUGUUGACAAAGGAAUCAAUGUGAUAAAGAAAAUGUUGAAUGGUAAGAAGCUUCUCCUAAUUCUUGACGAUGUGAAUCAAUUGGACCAAUUAAACAAAUUAGUUGGAAGGUCUGAUUGGUUUGGUUCAGGCAGCAGAAUUGUUCUAACGACAAGAGAUAAGCAUUUGCUAAUUGCUCAUCAAGUCAAUCUAAUAUAUGAGGUUGAGAAGUUAGAUCAUUAUGAGUCCUUAAAGCUCUUCACCAGUUGGAAUUCAUUUUCAAGAACUGGACACUUAAAAGAUGAUUAUGCGAAACUUGCAAACAAGGUGGUAGACUAUGCUGACGGUCUUCCAUUAGCUCUGAUGGUUUUGGGUUCACAUCUAUGUGGUAGAAGUAUUGAUCAAUGGAAAUAUGCAUUAGAUGGUUACAAAAGAGUUCCUAACCGAGAGAUUCAAGAAAUUCUCAAAAUAAGUUAUAAUGCACUAGAAGAUGGGGUGAAGGAAGUUUUCCUUGAUAUUGCAUUUUUCUAUAAAGGUCUAGGCGAGGAUUGUGUGAUACAUGUACUAGAAGAUUGUGACCUCAACCCUAAGUAUGAUCUUGAAGUACUCGUAGAAAAGGCUCUUAUAAAUAUUACAGAAGAAGGCUGCAUUUGGAUGCAUGACUUGAUACAAAAAAUGGGUAAAGAAGUAGUUCGCCAAGAGUCACCAACUGAGCCCGGAAAACGUAGUAGGUUGUGGUUUCACGAGGAUGUUUACCAUGUUUUAACAGAAAACACAGGAACAGAUAAGAUCAAAGGUAUUAUGGUGAAGUUGCCUGCUGGGGUUGAGUCAGAUGAGGUAUGUUUGAAUGCUGGAAGCUUCUCAAAGAUGAAAAAUCUUCGACUUUUUAUAAAUCGUAAUGGGCGCUUGUCUGGGGAAGUUGAUUAUCUUCCCAAUGAGUUGAGGUUCCUUAGCUGGCCUGAAUAUCCAUCACAAUCUUUGCCAGCCAGUUUUAAUCCAAAGAAACUUGUUGCUCUUACUAUGCCUCGUAGCCGCAUUUUACGACUGGAUUUGGAAUUCAAGAGUUUGAAAUUUCUAAAUUUGGAGCGCAGCAAAUUCCUAAGAAAAACCCCUGACUUCUCUGGAGUCCCAAACUUGGAGACGUUGAAUCUAGACGAUUGUACAAGUUUAGUUGAGCUUCAUCCUUCUGCUGGAUUCCUUCAUAAGCUUGUUGAGUUGAGUCUUACGGGAUGCCGUAGUCUUACUCUGUUUCCAAGAAUUGUCAACUUGAAAUCUCUGCUGAAGUUGAAUCUUUACGGUUGCAUAAGUCUUGAGAAUUUUCCUGAAAUUAAGGGGAAGAUGGAAUCUUUGAAAUACCUGAAUCUAUCAAAGACUUCCAUCAAAGAAUUGCCUUCAUCUCAAAAUUGGUUUCAUUUCCUAAAAUGGCGAAGUCUGAAGAUUCAAGGAGUGCAGAAUCACUUGUGA